AUGGCCGGCAAGCUGGACGGCGAUCUGGAUCCAUUAUGGGACGACCUCGACUGGGCCAUUGGCCAGAUGUUGAUUAUGGGCUGGGACGGCACCGAGGUGACCCCUCAGAUCCGCAAUCUGAUUGAGGAGCACCAUCUUGGGUCGAUCCACCUGACGGCCAAGAACCUCCGAUCUGCUCACGAGACGGCCAAGCUGGUGCAGGAGCUGCAGACGAUAGCCCACCAGGCCGGCCACCCGUGCCCGCUGUUGAUCGCCCUGGACCAGGAGCAUGGCGGUGUCAACAGCCUGUUUGACGAGGACUACAUCUGCCAGUUUCCCAGCGCCAUGGGCAUUGCGGCAGCCGGCAGCCCCGACCUGUCGUACGCGAUCGCCAAGGCCACGGCCACGGAAGUGUCGGCAUGUGGUGUCAACCUGAUGCUGGGUCCGGUGCUCGAUGUGCUGACUAACGCGCGAUACCAGCCGCUGGGAGUGCGGGCGACCAGUGACGACCCGCAGGAAGUGUCACAGUACGGGAUCGCGGCGAUGAACGGCUACAAGGAUGCCGGAGUGGCGACGUGUGGCAAGCACUUCCCGUCGUACGGCAACCUGGACUUUCUGGGCUCAAACCUGGACGUGCCGAUCAUCACGCAGACGCUGGAGGAGCUGAGCCUCAGCGCGAUUGUGCCGUUCCGCAACGCGAUCGCCACUGGCCGUCUGGAUGCCAUGUUUGUGGGCGGGUGCGGGAUCACGAACCCGUCGAUGAACGUGAGCCACGCGUGUCUGUCGGACCAGGUGGUGGACGAGCUGCUGCGUGAGGAGCUGGGAUUUCGCGGCGUGGCCAUCUCCGAAUGCCUCGAGAUGGAGGCUCUGAGCCACGAGAUCGGAGUCAAGGGCGGCACCGUCAUGGCGGUCGAGGCCGGCUGCGACGUGGUGAUGCUGUGUCGGGCGUACGACGUGCAGCUGGAGGCGAUCGCAGGACUGAAGCUGGGCUAUGCCACGGGCAUUCUGACACGCGAGCGCAUCUUCACGUCGUUGCGACGGGUUCUGCAGCUCAAAAAGGGCUGCACGUCGUGGGCGAAGGCGCUGCAUCCUCCCGGCAUCGGGCUGCUGGCCAAGAUCCAUCCAUCACAUCUGGCACUCUCGCGCACGGCAUACGACGACUCGAUCACGGUGAUGCGCGACCGCGACCGGCUGCUGCCACUGUCCCGGUCAAUGCACCCACGGGAAGAGCUGCUGCUGUUGACGCCGCUGGUGAAGCCGCUGCCAGCAUCAGCCUCGACCAAGACGCUCGAGACCGGGCUAAGCGUGGGCUCCGGUCCGGGCUCGGGUUCAGGCUCCGGUUUGGCGACACAACGCGACCGCAGCGCGAUCAUGAGCGGCGAGGGCGUGUUCCGCGGGCUCGGCCGAUCGCUGGCGCGCGCACGACACAGCAAGCUGCUGCAUACGUCCUACACAGCCAACGGAGUGCGACCGGUGCACGAGAACCUGAUCCACCGGGCAUCGACAAUCAUCAUCGUGACAGCAGAUGCGAACCGCAACCUGUACCAGGCCGGCUUCACCAAGCACGUGGCGAUGAUGUGCUCGAUGCUACGGGCCAACGGGCAGAACAAGUCGCUGUGUGUCGUGGCCGUCAGCUCGCCGUACGACUUUGCCAUGGACAAGACGAUCGGCACGUAUGUGUGCACCUUUGACUUUACCGAGACGGCAAUGAACGCGCUGGUGCGCACGCUCUUUGGUGUCUUCACGCCGGGUGGCACGCUGCCGGGAACGCUGCGCAAGAGCAAGAAGGCGCUCAAGUCGCGGCGCAACUGGCUGGUCGAAGCAUACAACCGCGACCGCGACGGCCACGGGCUCGACGAGCUGCUGCAGGCUGUUGCGCGUGCCAGUGGACCGGGAUUGCAGCAGCACCUGCGCCACGCCACGGCUGCCUCGUUCGAGCUGCACCGGCCGGACGUCGACGAGGCCCAUCUGGUCGUGCGCAACAGCAGCACUCAGGCGCUCUAUGGCUUCUGCGCGACGUACUCGGUCGGGGGCACCGGCAUGCUCGGCGGCCUUUUUGUCGACCCGACAAAACGCAACGUCUCCGUCGGCCGGUCCCUGCAUCGGGGCGCCCUGCGGCUGCUGAGCCAAAAGGCCGGCAUCACCAAGAUGCAGCUCGGUGCCUGCUUCCCCGGCGUCUUUCCCGGCAUUCCCGUCUUUGACGACAGCGGCGGCAGCACGUCUGGCAGCACUGGCGGUACACCCAACACGCCCAAUACGGCCAAUACAACGGGCAGCAGCAGCGCCAGUCUGCGUGCAUGGUUUGCCCGCGGCGGCUGGGACGUGUCGUUUCCACGGCGACUGACGAACCUGGCCAUCCACGAUCUCGCGCGCUGGAGUCCGCCCGAAGGGCUGACGCGGCAUCUCGGCAGUGCUGGCAUCAGCUUCGACCUGAUCCAGGGCCCCGACAUGGCCGACGGUGUGCUGGACCACGUGGCCGCGCUGGCCGGACCCGAAGUCGUCGAGCUGUAUCGCUUUGUGCUGCUGCAGGCCGGAAAGACGUGUGCAGUUGUGCGGGCAAAGAUCAACGGGGGCAACGAAGGCGUGGGAGACGGUGCAGGAAACAGCAGCAGCAACAGCAGCGGCAACAGCGAAACCCUGUUGGGCACGGUGAUCGUCUGCGCUCCAGACAGUCAGCUGUCGACGUUUCUGCCAGUGCUGCAGACGUUUCGGUCAGAUAUGCACGGCAACAUGGCGACGGCAGGCGAUGACGGAGGAGCUGCCAACAUGAACAGCGCAAUGGGCGACGAGCACGCGGCGACGGGCGGCAUCGUGGCGCCGGUGGUGGUGCCGGGACUGGCGCACUCGACCACGGCACUGCAGGGUCUGGUCAUGAUGGGCGUGCGGCAGAACAAGUCACAUCGGGCACUGCGCAGCGUGCUGACGCGGGUGGCCGAUGAGGCGUAUGAGGGUCUGCUGGUGAUGCAGUUUGAGGUGCUGCAGUCGUUUGAGGAGAUUACCAACGCGCCAGACAAUGUGAGUGCCUUGUCGAGGGAGAUUUGUGCCGUCGGCCACGACUAA